CACUCGACUCGCUCGCUGCUCUCAAUCGACAUGCUCCUGGGCCGCUACAGACUAGGCCGUGAGCUCGGUCGUGGCGCGUACGGCGUUGUCAACGAGGCUCGAGACUUUCGCGACGGCCGCAGGUCCAUAGCGAUCAAGUCGCUCGACCUGUCAGUCCUCCCGAGGUCAGAGACGGCCUGGACGGCGGACGCAAUCGAGCAGGAGGUGGCCCUGAUGAGGCGACUCGAUCACCCAAACGUGGUGCGUGUAUUCGAUCUCGUUCGGGCCUCGGGCUCGGACCGCCUCUUCAUCAUCAUGGAGCUCUGUCGAGGCCCCGACCUGCAGCUCGUGCUCGCCAAGCGGGGCGCGACUGAGCUCUGCGAGGCUGCGGCCGUGCUGCGCCAGUGUGUCGACGCGCUGCUCCACCUCCACUCACGUGGCAUCGUGCACCGCGACGUCAAGCCGUCUAACAUCUGCUUCGCCACGCCGAUCUCCGACCUGCUCCGCUCGAGCUUGCGCGAGGAGCAGGUGAAGCUGAUCGACUUUGGGCUCGCGCGGCUGCUGCCCUUCCCGUGCAUCUCCCCGCCGGCGCUCUCUCGCUCCCCUCCCAGUUUGCGGAUCAGAGGCAGCCUAUGGCCAGCGAACCGCACACGGCGCGCGGUUGCUUCAUGCUAGGCGCCCUCCCGACGCCGCGGCGAGGGGUCGCCCAGCCGACGGGGCGGGUCCCCCGCCGCCGCCUCUCGACGCUCUGGCGAGGGCGGAGG